CAUAAUAUAUUACAGAUUUUUGCUGACUAUUAUCACUUUACACAUCAUAAAGUAUCUAAACGUUCGCUGUCACCCGCCUCAGAGCAUCAGACACGAUUGGACACUGAUCAUCGUGUGCAUUGGGCCCAGCAACAAGUAGCAAAGUCACGUAGUAAACGAGAUUUUAUACGUAUGCGACCGUCGCGUACAUCAUCACGCACACUUUCACUAGUGGAUGCAGUUCCUUUCAGCGAUCCAAAAUGGUCGCAAAUGUGGUAUUUAAAUCGUGGUGGUGGCUUAGACAUGAAUGUCAUACCAGCUUGGAAGGAAGGUAUUACUGGCAAGGGUAUUGUAGUAACUAUACUUGAUGAUGGCUUAGAAUCAGAUCAUCCUGAUAUAGAACACAAUUAUGAUCCUAUGGCUUCAUAUGAUGUUAAUAGUCAUGACAAUGACCCUAUGCCACAUUACGAUAUGACAGACUCAAAUCGUCAUGGUACACGUUGCGCUGGUGAGGUAGCAGCAACAGCCAAUAAUUCUAUAUGUGCAGUGGGCAUUGCAUAUGGCGCCAGUGUUGGCGGUGUCCGAAUGUUGGAUGGCGAUGUAACAGAUGCCGUCGAAGCACGUUCGCUUUCCCUCAAUCCGCAACAUAUCGAUAUUUAUAGUGCUUCAUGGGGUCCAGACGAUGAUGGUAAAACAGUGGAUGGUCCUGGUGAAUUAGCUUCUCGUGCUUUCAUUGAGGGUGUUACUAAAGGACGUGACGGCAAAGGUAGCAUAUUUAUUUGGGCAUCGGGCAAUGGUGGUCGUGAAUUAGACAAUUGUAAUUGUGACGGUUAUACCAAUUCCAUUUGGACACUGUCAAUAUCUAGUGCCACCGAAGAGGGUCAUAUACCCUGGUAUUCGGAAAAGUGUAGUUCCACAUUGGCCACCACAUAUAGUAGUGGUGGACAAGGCGAGAAACAAGUAGUAACAACAGAUUUACAUCAUUCAUGUACUGUUUCACAUACUGGAACAUCCGCUUCAGCACCACUAGCAGCUGGUAUAGCGGCGCUUGUUUUAGAAUCUAAUAAAAAUUUAACUUGGCGUGAUUUGCAACAUAUUGUUGUGCGCACAGCCAAACCUGCUAAUCUUAAGGAUCCCACAUGGUCAACAAAUGGUGUUGGAAGACGUGUUAGUCAUUCAUUUGGUUAUGGUUUGAUGGAUGCGGCAGCGAUGGUUAAAUUAGCACGCACAUGGAAAACAAUACCGGAUCAGCAACGUUGUGAAAUAAAUGCUCCACAUGUAGACAAACCAAUUCCGCCCAUGAGUUACAUCAGCCUACAACUGACUGUUAACUGUUCAUCCGUCAAUUAUUUAGAACAUGUGCAAGCUAAAAUCACAUUGACGUCACAACGUCGUGGUGAUAUAACAUUAUUCCUAAUAUCACCGGCCGGUACUAGAGUAACAUUAUUGACCUCUCGUAUACAUGAUGUAUCUCGCUCUGGUUUCAAUCAAUGGCCUUUCAUGUCCGUCCACACUUGGGGUGAGUCCCCACAUGGCAAAUGGCAACUAGAAAUACAUAAUGAUGGACGUUAUAUGGGACAUGCUCUAUUGCGAGACUGGUCCUUAAUAUUUUACGGUACCACUCUACCAAUCCACCCGAGUGAUCCAGUGUCUACACCACGUGCCACUUUAGCAGAAAAUACUACACCAAACUCGAGCACCAUAUCUACCACAACUAAUUUACAUCAAAUUUAUUCACCACAAUAUCCGCGUAUUUCACCAAAUAAUUUCGGUACCGUCGGUUUCGGGCUUAGUGGCAAAAUACCAAUAAAAUUUCCACCAAAUAAAUCGGUUUACAAUGCAGCAACGAACGUAUUGAAUAAUCCACUACAGAAUGUUGCUGGUGGCAACAACAAUCGGAAACAGCAGCAACAGUCGAAGCAACAACAACAGCAACAAACGUAUCAGCAAAUUUCAGCAACCUACGGUGUUAUAUUAGGCUCACAAAGCAAGAGCAAUAAUAAAGGCAACAAGGGCAAUAAAGGCAAACCUGGCGAGAACAACAAAGGCAAUAAGAACACAGGUAAAACUGCAACAAAUAAGAAAGAGCAAACAACCCAAACAAGUGUAAAUAACAACAAAAACAAAUUCUAUCGGAUUUUGCAACAACAACAACAGCAGCAACAACAAAACACCAAUAAAUCAAAUGCGAAAUCGCAAAAUGUAAACGCUACACGUGCUAAAAUGCAAUCGGCAGAGAAACUAAAUUCCUACGAAGAUAAAUUGAAUCGUAAGGUUAUAGGUGACUUACCUAUUGUAAGUACGAACCCGAAAACACCAAUUAAAUCAGUGGCCACACAAACUACGAGUUACACCAAGUUGCCGGUGAAAGCUACGAAGCAGAUCAAAGAAAGCCAAACGCAUGAAAAACUGACGGUGGCCACAGCAACGGAUCAACGCAUACCAAAAAUGUUUGAACGUUACGAAAAAAUACAAGCAAUCUUCCCAGAAUUUCAACCAUAUCAGGGACCGAGGGAGAAAGAUGUGCAAAGUGCAAGCGCCGAUAGACGUAAUAAACAAAUGCAAAACUAUGAAGCUGAAACUUUCAGACCAAUUUCAUUACAAAAAACUUCUGGCAGCGGAAGCACGGGCAGCAAUGGUAGUAUUGGCUCUAAGCCUUCCAGAGAGAAUUCUAAAAAAUCUUCACAAAGCUUUGUACCAGAUCAAAGAAUAAUUAAAAAACAGCAAUUACUAUUAGCAGCAGCUGCGGGCGUAAGUGGUGGCACGCAGCGGCCGAUAAGCGUAGGCAUUUCAGCGAAUCGAAAGAGCACAAACGCACAAAUAACUCAAUGGGACUUAAUUAUUUAUGGAACUGAGAAACCUGCACAACCAAAUGAUCCCGCGCCAAUAAGUCCGGUACAGUUUAGUCCUUUCGGAGGGGAUGAUAUAUCACGCAAUGAAAUCGAUGAACCAAAUGCAUUUUAUCAGAAUGGAAAAUGGAGGCAACAGAUCGGUGAAACCAGUCAACAGAAAAAUAGUGCAUGUUUGCGAAAAGAUCUUGAUGAAAAAUGUUUAGAAUGCAAUCGACUAUUUCUUUACGAUGGAAACUGUUACACAUCUUGCCCAACUAAUACAUAUCCAGAGAAAAAACUUUUACGUUCAGAUGACGGUAAAUUCCGUGCAAUGUUACGUUGCGGAUAUUGUGAUACAUACUGCCUCCGCUGUUAUGGACCAUUGAAUUCUCAAUGUACUGCAUGUCAUCCGGAGAGACAACUUCACAAAGUUCCCCAUACAAAUGAAACAUACUGCAUAAUUUUCGCCGAACGUAGUUCUGGCAAUAAUGCAGACUAUAAUGACCCAAGCAUAGAUGCAUCACUUUUACGCCCCAAUGGAACUACAUUCUCCAUAAGCCAAUUCUUUUUAUUUAUUGCAGUACCAAUAGCAUUUGCAUCGCUUGUUGUUGUUUAUAAAAUUUACAAAAAAAGAAGUGCAUUAAACGAUAAUACCAUGACAGUAAAUUAUGUGUAUGACCGCCUUGCGCUUCUCUCUGAGGCUGAAGAAAUAAAUAUGGAACAUAAUGAGGUAAAAAUGGUAGAUGAAACUAUACAAGAACCAUUGGAACGCUAUGAGAGUGAUGAGAAAAACUCAGUUACCAUGAAAAGCAAAUCACAUAGAUUAAAAAGCCCACCGACUGAGCAAAUAGAUUACUCAAGCGAAUCUGAAGAAGAUUUAUUCCAUAUCGAUCGAAAUCGCCUACUUUAGCAAAUUUUUAUUAAAGAAAAUUUAUAGAAAAUUAUACAGUAUGUCUGUUGAAUGUGUCAAUUAUUAAAAUUUUUAGUACUCCGAAAUUAUUUAAAAUUUUAUCUUAAGAGAUUACAAAAAGUAUCAGUUUUAAGC